CCGAGGAGACGGCGGCGCAUCUAUGUGGUCCGCCUGACACUUGAUCGAGAGGGAGAGAUGCGUUCGUAACAGCCGCUGUUAAGACGAAGGGAAGGGAAGGAAGGGAAGGGCACGAGGAUCACACGAAUCUUUCUCCGUUCCUUCGCCACACUGCUUUUGGACUUUGCCGUUUCGCCUCAUGCAGAAACCCGUGCGUUUUCCCGAGGAAUAGAGACCACAACUGAUUCCUCAUCAGCUGCGUGAGAACAAGAAGACCACACAUUGUUGACUGGCUUUAUGUUGCGCGCUGGGGCUCUCUCCCGUCAUCGGAGGGGCGCACUUGAUGGGAAUACAGACACAAAACUGCUUUGUAUCCGAGGGUGAUGAAACACGGUAGGAAUGGACUGGGCUGUGGAUUCUGGAAGCUAGUAAAGACAAUCAGUGAGGACAGUUAUCUUUAAAGAAAGAAGACGUUUUAUGGAUACCUAUAAAGGUUCUUAAUAUAAGUCUUUUGAGGUGUAAUAUUGGUCCAGACUUUUUUCUUUUUUCCGCCUCCCACCUAUUUUUGGCUCGCCUGAUUGCACCCUUGGCCUCAAACCCUGACACCAGCAUUGAGUGAAUCAAGGGCAUCUACAUAGGAAGACAAUAAAACACUAGGGAGCCCUGUGGUGGUUGCGGCAGGGCUGAUGAGUCAGUUGCCACAGCGGCUGCAACAAAUGAGUAAUUAUUUGUGAAGUUAAUAGCUGAGACCAAUCAAUCUACAAGGACCAAUUUCUGACUGGAGGAAAUCGGUCCAAUAUGAAGGACUUGUCAUUUGUGGAUCAUCUCUUUGUUGGCUUGGCCAUGGCCUCUUUUGUUGUAGCCACUGAGCUGAGGCCUGAUUGCCCAAAGCUUUGUGUGUGUGAGAUUAGACCCUGGUUUUCCCCUACUUCUGUCUACAUGGAGGCGCAGACAGUUGACUGCAAUGAUUUGGGACUCUUUAGCCUGCCAGAAAAAUUACCAGUGGGCACGCAAGUACUGUUACUGCAAACAAACAACGUCGAGAGGAUUGACAGACCUUUGGAUUACAUGCCCAAUAUCACAGAGAUUGAUUUAUCGCAAAACAACUUAUCCUCAAUCAGCAACGUCCACCUUGGGAAUCUUACUCAGCUGCUCUCCCUUCACUUAGAAGAGAACUGGAUACGAGAGCUUCCUGAGCAAUGCCUGUCAGAAGUGGCGAACCUUCAGGAGCUCUACAUGAAUCACAAUCUCAUCUCUUCUAUCGCUCCGCUGGCUUUCCAGGGUCUAAGCAACCUUGUGCGACUCCAUCUCAAUUCUAACAAGCUGAGUGUCAUUAAAAGAGAGUGGUUUGAACCUUUGCCAAAUUUGGAGAUCCUAAUGAUUGGUGAAAAUCCAGUUCUUUCUAUUGAUAACAUGAACUUCAAACCUCUAAGUAACCUCCGCAGUCUUGUUCUUACCAGAAUGAACCUGUCCCAGCUUCCUGAUGAUUCACUGGCUGGUCUUGAUAACUUGGAGAGCAUCUCUUUCUAUGAUAAUAUUUUUCCCGAGGUUCCUCACUCUGCCCUGAGAAAUGUCAAGAAUCUUAAGUUUUUGGAUCUAAAUAAAAACCCCAUUACUAGGAUACAAAGAGGGGACUUUGUGGAUAUGCUUCAUUUGAAAGAACUAGGGAUUAACAGCAUGCCAGAGCUAGUUUCCAUUGACAGCUUUGCCCUCAAUAACCUCCCUGAGCUGACCAAAAUCGAAGCCACCAACAAUCCUAAACUCUCUUAUAUCCAUCCUAAUGCUUUCUACAAACUCCCACGGCUGGAAACCCUUAUGUUAAACGGCAAUGCUCUCAGUGCCCUCCACAGGAUUACUGUCGAAUCUCUUCCAAAUCUGAGGGAGGUAAGCAUGCACAGUAACCCAAUCCGCUGUGACUGCGUAGUCCGCUGGAUGAACAUGAACAAGACCAACAUCCGUUUCAUGGAGCCUGACUCACUAUACUGCGUAGAGCCUCCGGAGUACGAGGGCCAGCAUGUCCGGCAGGUGCACUUCAGGGAGAUGAUGGAGAUUUGCCUGCCACUGAUAUCACCCGAAAGCAUGCCAGGGCACAUUAAAGCACAGAGCAGGUGCUCAGUGUCACUUCAUUGUCGGGCUUUUGCCGAACCAGAGCCGGACAUCUACUGGAUCACCCCAUCUGGCACAAGGGUCCUGCCUAACACCGUAUCUGACAAGUUCUACAUGCACCCAGAGGGAACCUUUGACAUCUACGAUAUAACAGAAAAUGAAGCCGGUGUUUACACCUGUGUUGCCCAUAAUUUGGUCGGUGCUGAUCUUAAAUCCGUCUCUGUAGAGGUAAACGGAUAUUUUCCCCAACCUGUCAAUGGUUCUCUGAAUGUGGAAGUCAAAUCAGUGGAGACACACUCCAUUCUGGUCUCAUGGAAGGCUGGCCCUGGCACUUUGGCUCCCAACAUUAAAUGGUACACUGUUUCAGAUGCCAACCAUCCCACCAUGGCUUUUACCACCAGGGUUCCCUCAGAUGUCCAGGUGUACAACCUUACCCAUCUCAGCCCCGCCACUCACUACAAAGUCUGUGUGGAUAUCCGCAACAUCCACUACAACCAUGACACCAAAUGUGUCACUGUCACCACUAAGGGAUUAGAGUUGGCAGCCAAGGACACAGAAAAAUGGGAUGCAGCAGUAAUCACUGUCUUUGGUGUGCUCCUGGCUGUGAUUUCAGUGGCCUGCCUGUUUAUUUAUGUGUCUCUGAGGAACCACCACCUUUAUGGGGAUAUAAGGAAAUGGGACUCUAAAGCUUCACUGAUACCAGUGGAAGCUCCCGGUAUGCACUCAUCUUUCUUUACAAAGCUGUGGGUUACGGGUAAGGGACUGCCAAGUGGAGUGGAAGUGAAAGCCACAGUCAUAAAUGUAUCUGACAAUGCCUUUUAAGAACCACAGCUUUGUAGAGCACCACACACCUACAGCAAAUGGACAAGGCCACUGGGCAGGGGUGGACGAUGAUAUACUGUUUUCAAAGGCAUACCCAUUGCCCGUUCCCAGCUCAGAUACACUGGGAGAACUAUUACUGGAAGGGGAUGGAACGGUUUAAAUUGACUACAUGCUAUCCCAGUUUCAACCCUAGUUGAAGUGGUGGCUUUGUAACCAUCAAACCAAGCUAACAUCAACAGGAAGGGGUAUUUACUGCAAAAAAAAUUCGAUUACAGUACCAUUCAUACAGAAAUGCAGGCAGAGAAAAGAAAGUGGACGUGUUGAAGGUCAGCUCUCUUGUAAUUGACUGUUAAAUGUGUUCAGAGUUGUGGAACUGUCCGUGUGGUCCCAAGCAAUACCGUCUGUGCUUUGUCAAACAUCCAUAGACGAGUUAGAGAUACAGUAAUAACACCUGUCUAUUAUGGGAAGGGAGAUUUAUUAGAGUAGACAAAUAACAGUGACUAUGGUGUAAGCCUUUUGAUGAAAUAUACCCCCCCCCCCUUUUCUAUUUAAAAACGGAUUCUUGAUUUUUCAUGGAAAUAUUGUUAUAUAUUCUAUUAUGUUGAUGUAAUGACAAAUCCUCUGUAUGUGAACAAUUUAAAUGGGUUUUAAAUGAAGGCAAGGAGCAGACUACUUUUGAUUACAACAUCACAUUAAGCUUAAUGAAAUUCAGCGACAAAAUGGGUAUCUAGAGAGGAUAUUUGCCAAAUGGCUGUUUAUGCUUUGUAGUUCUCAUUGCAAUGGUGACUGGCAAAACACUGGACUCAAACAAAUAUAUCGAGUUGUUUAAAACUAAAACGAGUGAUGUUUUAUCUCCUCAAGAGGUGGUUUGUUAAUGCCCUGGUAAGUGCCUACAACAAGAGUUACGUGAGGUAAACGGAGAGGAAACUGAAGAAAUUCAUCAGCCACAGCAAAACACAGUCAUGUCAUCAUUGCAGUCACAAGCUAUUCUCCAGUACUUUUAGUGGAAAUACUUUCUCAGUAUUUUUAGCAUACAUAUUUUAAGAAAACAUUUUGUUGUUGCUUUGGGUGUCAAGUUUAAAAGCCAUUUUUAUAUUACCUGUAUUAUAUGUGAUCAAUGGGCACAACAGACUAAUUAAGAAAAGCGCUAAGAAAAAAAUAAAUGUCAUUGUUU